AUGCUGUACGGUGUUUUUUUGUGUUUGGUGGGUGCUGUGGGAGUUUUGUCAGAUUCCACUGUUUUGUCUAGACGAAAACGAUACGUCGCUUUUCCGGAAGGUUCCAGUUUUUCGUGCGCAGGAUGCUUUACAGUGGGUACGCUUGGCCAGCCUGCCAUCUCCUCCUCUCCAGGGAUCUUCACCUUCGGCCUGAACUGGGGCAUAGCGUAUGAACUGCCAAAUGUCACGGAGACAGCAUACGCGUAUAGAAGGAAGAAGAAGCCGCUAAUGCAGCGCAGGAGUCGCAGGGAUUUGUAUGAAAAGCUGGAGUUGAUUAUAGAUAAUAUGGGAUAUAAUGGAAGACAGUGUAUUCUAAAAACUUUAUGUGAGACAACACAACGCAUCGUACCUAACGGAGAAAACAUGAUAGAAGAAAUAUUCAGAACUCUGUUCACGCUACCAAUGGCGAAGUUGUUACCAACAGAACCUCUAGAACACGCAGUGUACGACUCAGCACAUCGGCUAGGCGCCUUAUUAAAGUCGUGUGAUAACUACAAGUGUCCCUUUUCUUUGGUAGAUCUUGCUAAAGGAUAUUACAAUGCGCCUGCGCCUUCAGUCGAUAUUGCUAAGAGUCCCUGGGCCCUGUUUAGUAGUAGUUUUGGAAACGGGGAUUUAAAGUAUGUUUGA